AUGGCGACGCUCAAGGAUCUCCUACCGGCGCCCAAGACGUCGGCGUCCACCUUCUACGACCACAGCAGCGACCCCUGGUUCAAGGAGCGUUACGGCGGGGAGUUGGCGCAGGCGGCCGCGACAGCGAGGCCCGCAGCCGCCGCCCGGCCCGUGCCUCCGUACGGAAAGCGGACGGGGUUCGUGCCGCGACGGCCGGAGGAUUUCGGGGAUGGCGGCGCCUUCCCGGAGAUCCACGUCGCGCAGUACCCGCUCGGCAUGGGACGCCGCGACGAUAAGGGCGGGUCCAAAAUCCUUGCGCUCACCGUCGACGCGCACGGCAGCGUCGCCUUCGACGCCGUCGUCAAGCAAGGGGAGAACGCAGGAAAGAUCGUCUACUCCAAGCAUAGCGACCUCGUGCCGAAGAUAGCCACGGCCGAUUCCCAGGCGACGUCCGACGACGAGGAGGAGCAGAAGAAGAUCGAGGAGACCACUGAACGGACCAAGGCCGCCUUGGAGAAGGUUGUCAACGUCCGCCUCUCUGCAGCUCAGCCCAAGAAUGUGCCGACUCAUGAUUCUGAGUCCAAGUUCAUCAAGUAUAAGCCGUCCCAGCAAUCUGCGGCCUUCAAUUCAGGUGCAAAGGAGAGGAUCAUUAGGAUGUCAGAGAUGGCAGUGGAUCCUCUUGAGCCACCAAAGUUCAAGCACAAGCGUGUGCCCCGGGCGUCUGGGUCACCACCUGUGCCAGUGAUGCACUCGCCGCCACGGCCGGUUACAGUGAAGGAUCAGCAGGAUUGGAAGAUCCCACCUUGCAUUUCAAAUUGGAAAAAUCCAAAGGGUUACACGAUUCCACUUGAUAAGAGGUUGGCGGCUGAUGGGAGGGGGCUGCAGGAGGUGCAGAUCAAUGAUAACUUUGCAAAGCUUUCUGAAGCAUUGUAUGUGGCAGAGCAGAAGGCGAGGGAGGCAGUGCAGAUGCGCUCCAAGGUUCAGAGGGAACUUAUGCUGAAGGAGAAGGAGAGGAAGGAGCAAGAGCUAAGGGCUCUUGCACAAAGGGCACGUAUGGAGAGGACUGGUGCCCCGCCUGCACCAUCAGGUGUGCCUGCUGGUGGCGGCAGGGGAGCAGUUGAGGCUGUUGACGAAGAUAUGGAUAUGGAGCAACCUCGUGAACAACGUGAACCGCGUGAGCAGCGCAGGGAGACUAGAGAAGAGAGGGAAGCAAGGAUUGAACGUGAUAGAAUCCGUGAGGAGCGCAGACGUGAGAGGGAGAGGGAGAGGAGGCUGGAAGCCAAGGAUGCCGCAAUGGGCAAGAAGAGUAAGAUCACUAGAGACAGGGAUCGUGAUAUCAGUGAGAAGAUUGCUCUUGGUAUGGCAAGCACUGGUGGUGCAAAAGGUGGUGAGGUCAUGUAUGACCAGCGGCUGUUCAACCAGGACAAGGGAAUGGACUCUGGUUUUGCCACAGAUGAUCAGUACAACAUCUACUCUAAGGGUCUCUUCACAGCGCAGUCCACGAUGUCCACACUAUACAGGCCUAAGAAGGAUGGGGAUUCAGAUGUAUAUGGUGAUGCAGAUGAGCAGUUGGAGAAGGUUAUGAAGACUGAGAGGUUCAAGCCUGACAAGGGAUUUACUGGUGCUUCAGAGAGGACUGGCAAGCGAGACAGGCCUGUGGAGUUCGAUAAGCAGGAAGAAAAUGAUCCAUUCGGUCUGGAUCAGUUCUUGACUGAGGUGAAGAAGGGUAAGAAAGCUGUGGAGAAGAUCGGAGGUGGAGGAACCAUGAAGGCGAGUGGUGGGUCCUCAAUGAGGGAUGAUUAUGAUGGUGGAUCUGGGAGGUCCCGCAUUAAUUUUGAAAGGGGACGCUGA